CCUUGGCGGCUGUGGUUGUACCACCUCCUAUGGCCGACCUCUCCGACGUGGUCGGAGCCGAGAUUGACCUCACGGUCAUCUCCGGGCGGGGUCUCAUCCCCAAGGACGGCGGGUUUGGUUUCGGAGCACGGACGAGCGACCCGUACGUCGCGAUCGCGGCUGUCCUGCCGGCUGCACGGAGCGGCCGCGGCGGGCACUGCGAAGAGCUCGGCCGCACGGCUGUCAUCGCCAAGAACCUGAAUCCGCGCUGGGACCAGGCCUUCAAGUUCCACCUCCACGGGCGCCGCUUUCGGGGCGACAUGCUUUUGCGGCUGCGCGUGUGGGACUCAGACGCCAUGUCGGCGGAUGACCCGAUGGGGGAGGCGGUCGUGCCGGUGGGCGAUCUGCUCGGCGGGCAGGUGAUUGAGAGGUGGUACGCUGUGCGUCCGUACGCUGGCUGCAAAAAGGCAAGUGGCGACCUUCAGCUUCGCAUCUCGGCCGUGCUGCGCACGGCGCUCUCCGUCUCCUCACACCAAAGCGUCCGGCUCCCGCACGGCGUGCUCGGCGUGGGGUUGGGUUGGGACAUGCUAGGAGACGGCUCCGCGAUCGAUCUGGACGCCAGCUGCGUGGCUCUCUCCGCGCAGGGCGACCUGGUGAUGCGGGAGUGCUGUUACCACGCGCAGCUCUCGUCUGCUAGCGGCGCCAUCCGCCACUCGGGCGACGAGAGGGAGGGCGACGAGGACCUGGGCGAGGGCGACGACGAAGUCAUCACGCUCGACCUCUCGCGAGUCCCCGCCGCUGUGCACGCGAUCUUUGUCGUGGCGACCGUCGCUUCUUCGGGGCGCUCGUUUGCCGACGUGAAGAGCGCUCGGAUGCGGCUGGUGCAGUGGGAGUCUGGCGCAGAGCUGUGCCGAUUCGUCCCCGCGAUGAAGGGGGCGCACACGGCGCUGCUCAUGGCGAGGGUGGCGCGGCACGGAGGCGGCUGGGUGCUCUCUGCGAUAGGGGAAGUCGACCACACAGCCCGCGACUGGGGGACGCUCUUGCCCGAGUUUCGGCUGUACAUGGGCGACCUGUGCCCGGGGAUCACGGCCUCACCGGAGCAACGGAUCGCGGUCAUGCGUAAGGGCGGCAACAUCCGCCUGACCGACUACUGCGUGGGCGGCGUUCCGCCAGAGACGCUCGUGCUCGGACUUGCUUGGGAUGUCACGAACGGCCGCAAUGUUGACCUCGACGCGAGCGCGAUCCUGCUCGACCGCCAGCUGCGGCUGCUCGAUCUCGUCUUCUUCGGCAAGCUCCGCUCGUCGGACGGCUCCAUCCAACACGGCGGCGACGAGCGCGAGGGCGACGAGAAGGGCGACGACGAGAAGGUAUUCCUCACCCUCGGCAGCGUCGCCCCGGCUGUGGCGUACAUCGGCUUUGUCAUCAACUCGUACUCUGGGGAGGAGUUAGACGACGUGAGCCGCGCCUCGUGCCACCUCUUCGACCCGCGCAGCAUGCGCGACCUCGCAACCUUUGGCCUGAGCAACACGAGGUUCCUCGACAAGCACACCGCCCUCGUGAUGGGCGCCCUCUACCGCGAUCCUGGCGCGGAGUGGGGCUUCUUGAUCAUCUCCGAGGCGGCGCAGGGCCGCACCGCGCACGACAACGUCGACGAGCUGCAAGCCGCCCUCCGACGCAGACCACCUCCGCCACUUGCGCCAUCGCGGCCCCCGCCGGGCGCUGGAGCCGCGAUGCUUGCGAAUGCAACCGCCGCCGGGCUCGUACAAGGCGGCGUCGUGCAGGGCUUAGUGGUAGACGCGGAGGUGCUCAGCGUUAGUGCUGUGCCAAUGGGGCUGCCCGCAUGAGGGGUGUGGGAGGGUGCUGCAGUCGAGGAGUCUCAGGAGAGGGGUGACUGUGUGGAUACUUCGUAAGAUCAGGUAGGAAACCGAUAACAGUCAUAAAGUUU